AUGAAUUCAAUAUUUGUUUGCCAAUUGAUACCUGAUGUACUGCAAAUGACCAUUAACAGUGAACGGUUUGAUCCCUACGAAUGGAUUGGGUUAUCCUGUGAAUUAUAG